ACCACGGCAGAUAAUUAAAAUCAAAAAAUAAAUAAAAUUGCUUCACCUUCUUCGAUCCCGCAAUAACAAAUUAUCUCCUUCAAAAGAAGAGUCAAGCUUUUCUCCUUCAAAGGCAGAGUCAGGCAUAUAUAUCUCUUAUUCUCCUUCAAGUUGAAGAAGCAACAAUCCACCAUUGCGCAUCAAGCCAUCACCACCUUCAAAUGCAAAUUAUAAUUACCAGAAAAUGGAAAACUCAAAUUAUCCAUUAGUUGGGUCAUUUACACGGAUGCUCAACGAUGACCAAUUUUUUAUAAAUCAAAUGAAUAUUGAUUAUGGAACUCAUACCAGUCUUUUGGAUACUUGUACAUCUCCUAUUACCAACCACCUGCAACAAGAACCAAUAGGAUUAGAUGAGCUUCAAUUUGUGUCUUUGAAUCGUAAUAAUGUUGAUAGUGAUGGAGUAGACAGAGAAGGAGAAGAUGCCAAUGAAGAACUACAUAUGGUUGGUGAUGAUAUCAUUGUAGAGGAGGAAGUAGAUGAAGAAGAAAAUGUUGUGGCAUUAGGUGCUACGGUUCAAGAGUUUUCCCGUUUAAGUGAUGUUAAUGAUGAUGAAGUAAACAAAUGGAUUACUUGGAUUUCUAUGGUGUCUUACAAACUAGGUGCUGAAUUUUGUGUCGGACAAGAAUUUUCCAACAAAGGUGCAUUGAAUGAGGCUGUUACUAGCUACUCUAUAAAAAAAAAUCAACGUUUUAUUGUACUUGAGUCUAGACCUCACACAGUCACGUUCAAGUGUGGCCGGAAACCAAUUGGGUGUUCUUGGAAGCUCAGAGGUUCACAGAAGAGUUAUUCUUCUGAUGUGUUUACAAUUGUAUCCUACCAAGGUCCUCAUGAUUCCACAUGCGUCAGCGACAUUCUUCAACUAGAUCAUCGAAACAUGGACUCUAAAUUCAUUAGUUACCAUAUAAGGAAUCUUGUGGAGGCAGAUAUUUCCAUUAAAGUUCGUGUCCUAAUUGAGGUUAUCAAGCAACAAUAUCAUUUCACAAUCUCAUAUAAGAAGGCUUGGCUCGCAAAACAAAAGGCAAUAGCUUAUACAUUUGGUGAUUGGGAGGAGUCCUUUCAAAUACUCCCGCACUUUAUGCAAGAAAUGAAGAAAGCUAAUCCAGGGACUGUUGUGCACUUUGCUAACCAUCGAACUGCAGAUCCCAAUUUUGAGAUUUUUCAAAGAGUAUUCUGGGCAUUUGGACCCUCAAUACAGGGCUUCCAACAUUGUCGACCCAUUAUCACUAUCGAUGGGACUCACUUGUAUGGAAAAUAUAAGGGGACAAUUCUAAUAGCUAUGAGUGUUGAUGCUAACAACCAAAUAUUUCCCCUUGCUUUUGCCAUCGUCGAAGGAGAAAAUGGUGAUAGUUGGCCAUGGUUUAUGGCAUGUAUUAGGAGAUUUGUGACACAACGAACUGGAUUGUGUGUACUUUCAGACCGACAUUUGGGUAUCAUGAAAGCUAUGACUCAAGAUAAUAGUGGUUGGACCGAGCCAUAUGCGUACCAUAGAUUUUGCAUUCGUCACUUGACUUCAAAUGUCAAUACGGAAUUCAAAAACAGAGAGUUGAAAAACAAAGUUGGUUGGACAGCUUUCCAACAACAAAAGAAGAAAUUUGAUUAUGGUUUGAAUAUGAUAGCGAAAAUGAAUGAGAAGGCUCGUGAAUAUAUAGGAAAGAUUAAUGCUUCAAAGUGGUCACUUUGUCACGAUGGAGGCUAUAGAUAUGGCCUCAAAACAACCAACUUAGCAGAGGUGUUCAACAAUGUACUUAAGGGAGCUCGUUUCUUGCCAAUCACGGCACUUGUGAAGCUUACUUUCUAUCGAGUUAACUCAUAUUUUGUGGAGCGACGUCGAUUGUCAAAGAAAAGGUUGUUAGAUGGUCAUGCAUAUACUAUAAAAGUAACUAAGGACUUGGAUACUAAUACAGAAAAAGCUAUGCACCACAAGGUUGAUAUUUUUCAUCAUGAACAUGGAAUUUAUCAGGCUGACUGUUUGUACUGCAUGCUUGCUGUGUGCUCUGUUGUUUCUGCAAGCUCAUAUUGGUCUGUUGUGAUCAGAUUACAUUACUACUACAAGAGCCCUAAAUGUGGAAAAGAUGAUGGUGAGCGCAUAAAAAAUCCACCACCAGAUUUGCCCCAAGAGCAAUGGGAAUGGCUUGUAGAGCAUUAUGGAUCAGAUGAAUUUAAGAUUGUAAGUCAAAGGAACUCCAAAAAUCGAUUAUCUGAGAACAGAUGUGUUCACACCACUGGAAAUUUAGCCUUUGUUGAAGUUGAGGAUAUAAUGACAAAAGAGAAUGAUGGUGUGAAGCCGUCUGCGGAUGUGAUAUGGCUUAUUGAGCAUACUCAUACGAACAAAGAGGAUAAACUUGAAUGGGCUGAUGGAACACGUUCAAAAAUAAUCCAUGAAAAGUUGAAAAAUAUUGUUGCUACGGCUGGUGAUUCAAUGACCCAAGAGGAGAUAUUGAUUCAUGUUUUGGAUCAUAGGUCUGGGUAUGUUCGCGAGAAAGGGACUGCUUUACGCAGUUAUUCUAAAGGAAAAUACCAAAUGGAACAACGCAGACUUGCUGAACAACAAGAGAAAAUACAUGAACAAGAACAAAGGAUAAAGGAACUAGAAGAAAUUCAACAAAAACAACAAGAAGAACAAAAAAGGCAGCAACAAGAACUGGAAGAAUACAAAGCACAACAACAACAACAACAAGCAAUGGAAGAUUUUAAAAGAGAUUUGUUGCAACAACUUGGAAUUACUAGAGGUUCAUAG